UCAGAAACCUGUAGGAUCAGUGUAAUCAGUUCAGGUGAGCUGUACUAACGAGCAUAAUAAAUAAAAUAUACGCUGCAACGGUGUCGCAACACUUGUCCCCAAUACGGUAUAUCAUAUAUUGUAUCCUCCCGUGCUUUCGAAGUUCAGUAGUAGUUUCGGCGGUACACAACUCAGUCAUCGACUUCCUAAGUUUCUCGUCAGAGAUAACGUUCACGUAGCAAUCACAAAUCGUUUACCYGAAGUCCUGUAUAUCGUUUGAUGGUCGGUAACGCGCAUUCCACAAUGUUGAAAGCCAGUUUGUCGUCGAAGAGAUUGUCGUUGGACGAUUGCAGGAAGCCAUCGAUGAAGAUGCUCAACAACGCCUUCAGUCUGGAUACGUCGCCGCUGAGCGCAGACGCAUGCGCACUUGCGGAACGCGAAAUCCGUGAGACCCCGGAACAAGUGCAGAAGUCGUUAGCCGAACUCCGAGAGUUGCUCAAAGAGAAGAACACGUUAUUGUACAAGGACACCGACGAAUACUUGAUGAUUUUCUUGAGACCAACCCAUUUCUACGCUCAAAGUGCAUACGAUCUGAUGAAACGUUUGGCCACGUUCAAAGAUAAACACGAGAAAAUCGUCGGCAACCCUUUACCAAGAGAAGAGAAGAAAUUGUUCACCGAGAAUAACGUUGUCAAUGUGCUCGUCGACCGAGAUCAAAAGAACAGGAGAGUCUUAAUCAUAAACAUGGGAUCGGCUUGGGACCCGAAAAGUCUUGCCAGCGAACAGUUGUUCAAAGUUCUUUAUUUGGUCCAAAUUGCAUCGCUGGUAGAAGAAGAGACUCAAGUUCGUGGCGCAGUCAUCAUCAUCGACUUCCAUGGGCUGUCCACUAAACAGGUCAUGGCCAUGUCACCUUCGUUCGCAAUGACAUUGCUUCUUUAUAUUCAAGAAGCCAUGCCACUCCGGAUGAAGGAAGUGCACAUAGUUCGUCAACCGUUCUUGUUCAACAUGGUAUGGCCGAUGUUCAAACAAUUUGUCGGAGAUAAACUUAAAAAACGUCUGUUUUUCCACGGCAACAAGAUGUCAUCUCUGCACAAGUAUUUGGAUGCUAACAUGCUCCCCGAAGACUACGGUGGCAAGAAACCGAAGUUGAAUUACUCGAGCGCCGAUUGGUACCCUGUGUUGCAGGACCUCCAGAGCUACAUCGCAGACUGGAACACGUAUGGAUUGAAAAAGUGAUGACUACAGCAGCAAUCGGAAACAACUCAUGAAAACGUUUGCGGUCACUCGGGCAGUAAACUGAAUACGAUAUUCUACAUAUUUAUUGGAACUCAUUGAAUUAUAAUUAUCAUAAUUAAAAAAGAAAAACCUUUCAACGGUAGUAAUUUUAUAUGGGCCUAGACAAAAUGAGUUUUAUAAUAUUAUURUCAUAUUAAGUUUAAAUAAUGGUGUCGUUAUUAAGGGCAAGGUGUUUUAAAAAUGGCACGGUUUUAAUUCAUUUGCGCGUUUUUUGCAAAYCACAAACUAAGUUUUCACCUCGAUGUUGUCAUAAUUUUUAAUAUUUAUUUAUUUAAUAAACAAGAGCCAUUAUAAUAUAAUAUGAUACCACAUACAAAUAUAUAU